UUCUAAUUUUGCUUGUGAUGUGGCGAUUAAGUACUUUUUUGUGAAUUUUAUAUUUACUUUAUUUGUAAAAUUAAGAAAACUUACGAAAAAUAUAAUGAUACAAUAAUGAAGUCCAUAAAUUUAUUAAAACUCUUAACUAUUUUUGCACUAAUUGUUCAAAAUGCAAGUUCAACAAACCAACCAGAUGAGUGGUUUUGUGUCGAUGAAAGUUGCGAAGGAAUAAUUUCACUUGCAAAAACCAUCAAAAACUAUUCGCCCGACCAAGAUGGAGUUCUUGCCUUCAAAGUUGGCUCCGAAGUUAAAGUCAAAUCCAAGUCUUCCAACUCCGAUUUGUGGGGCGUUGAAAUCGACGGCAAAGAUGGCUAUGUACCCAAAAUGUUUGUCCUAGAGUCAAAACUUUACCACAAAUUGGAAAUUCUGAAGCCAGGUGUUCCUAAAAUAAAACCUCCUCAGAAGCCAAGCAAAAAACUAAAAUCUUCAGAGGCCCAGAAUUCACCCAAAGUUGAAGCAGCAGGAGGAGCCACAACAACAACUCCACUUCCCAAAAAUCUGGGAAAUAAAAAAAUUCUAAGCAAAGCCGAUGGGAUUGAAGUUCCUAAGGAAAUCCCAGUCAACGUUACACCAACCACAAAGAUUAUAGAAGGAACAGAAAUUCCUGAUGGAGCUGGAGUUGAGGUGCCGAAAGAAGUUGUUGAGAAUUUCAAAAAUACCUACGAAAUAUUUAACAAUAGUGAGGCUGUGGUAGAUGAAGAUGUUGAUGAUGGGGAGGUAGAGUUAGAGGAAGAUGAAGAGGAUGACGACGAAGACGAGUUAGUGGAAGAAAUAAUAAUCGAAAAGAUUCCAAUAAAAGCUUUAGCAGAAAAUAGCUCGAUUAUUGAGAAUAAAAACGAUGAAGUGAAACCACAAAUAGCUGAUGAUAAAGUCAAUGAAAUAAAUAUUGCUGCUGCUAAGGAGGAGUUACAACAACCAGCAGCCGUAGACGAAAACCCCAAGGUCCUUAAGGAAGAAUUACCGUCUGUAGUAGACGAAAAUCCCAUCGUCGAGGCGAACACUACACAAAACCCUGAGACUGUGACAUCGGACGUAAAGUCAGGUAAUUUAAAUACUUCAGAAAAUAAUUCAGUUUCUGUGGAUUCUUCAAACAUAAAAGCGUCUCAACCUUCAGAAAAACCAGAAGACAAUAAUCCGGCAGCAGACGCUUCAAAACCUAUUUUGAAUGUAGAUCCUGUGAAAGAACCAAACGCACCAAAAACAACUAUUUUAACCCCCGUAAAUGAUUCACAUCCCCCUGUUGUUAAAUCAGAGGAACUAAAUAACAGUACUGCAGAAUCGUUAACUAAAGAAACAAGUCAUGAAUCAACGAAUCCAACUAAACCUAAAGUAAUUACCAGAGAAGAUGGGUCCAAGAUCAGUGUGCUAAGCCGAGCUAAAGAAGCUCCAUUGAAUUCUGAUAUAAAAACAGAAGGUGAAACUCAGAAUACAGUAUCAUCAGAACCAGCUCAAAUCAAUACACCACCAAACAAUGUUGUAAACGUCCAACCAGCUGAGGAAGUGCCAGUUUUUCCUGCACCUGUACAACCAUUAAAUUCGAAUCCUACGACUAACCUUUACGAUGCAAUUCCAUCACAAGUCAUGCAGGCAAAAGGAUUAAAUGCUCCAUCAGCAAACCAACUAUACAACUCUCAAGUUGCUGAUUCUUCAGCUAAUAACUUAUUACCACAAGGUGUUGAGAAUUCUCUAGAAAAUAAUGUGCAACCAAAUCCUCCACAAGCACCACUGACUGAUGCAAAUUCUGGAAAUACAUUUAAUACCCCAGCAGCUACCUCAUUUCCUCCGGAAUCAGUCAUUUCUACCUCACAAGGAAACUAUCCAAACUCUGUCAACACUUUACAAGCUGAAGCAACAACUGUCCUUCCUGACAAUUCCUACGUACCUGCGAAUCAACAGCCAACACCGUUCAACACUCCUUAUUCUGGACAGCAGCCAUAUUCUAAUCCGAAUUCUGCAAGUGCUUUCCAUUCAAAUGCUCCUUCUUCAGAUAGCGUGCCUUCUCUUGCGACACCAGCUGUGCAAGCUUAUAAUACUCUUAAUGGGUUUUACUAUCAAGGAGCAUCUUUUGCAGGAACUCCAAAAACCAAGACAAAUUCUGUAAAUUCUCUUCUUGAUUUACCAGCGACAGAAGGUCAAGAGGUGGUACCGCGAGAGCAGCCAUUCGUCGCACUCCCAAAUAGCGUUGAAGUUCAAUCUGUAAAUCAAGUAGUCGAUGCAGGAAAUGUUCCUUUGGAAACACAAGCUACAUCGGGCUUACCAGCAAGCGUAGAAGAACAAAAAGCAUCUCAACAGGAAGUAUUGCCAAUUUCCCAGAAGGAUGAAGAUUUAAAAGCACCAGUUUCAGUUAAGCAGGAUACCCUUGAAGAGCAAACUCCACCAGCACCUACUCAACCUGAACAACCAACACUUAAUCAGCAGAUACCUACCCAAACAGAUGCCGUUCCAGAUCUCCAAGAAAACAACCAAGCUUCAUACAUAUCACAACAAGUUGCUGAAGAAGUACAAACUAUUGAGAAUGUUAAUCACCAAAGUGCCAAUGACAAUGACAUCAUCCCAAGCGAAAUACCUCAAGAACCUUCAAAACUUGAGCUACCAACAAGUGCCGAACCCGAAAUCGAGCCGAGUGCAAUUACGAACGAUCCCCAACCCGAAAUCGAAGAUGUCACAAAACCAGUUCCUACCACACCAGAAAUCGAAGAACCUAUUCCUGACCCUAUUGAUUUCUAUGUUACCACAGAAAAUCCCAAAGCACCAAAUGUUCAACAACAACCACAAGUCGGUUUAUUCCAGACCAUCUUGGGAACGGUCAAAGGAUUUUUGCCGUCUCAGGAAGUCGUCAAAGAAUCCGGCUUUAGCGAUGAACUUGACAGAGUACUUUUUCCCAAAAAGGAAGCAAGUAUUCCAGAAAAGUUAUCACAAGAAGAGCAAUUCUGUGAAAAAGAAACCAACUGCCUAGGAGACGGUCUACUGCAAAGUCCGGAUGUCCUUCCCGAGGAAACUAAUUUCUUCGAAAAUCUAUCUCACAGAAUUGUCGAAUUAUUCGAUGUUCUUUGUUGUAUGUUGAUCUCAGCUAUCGCCACUUUGCUUUUCAUAUUCGGUUACUACUGCCUCUCACAAUGUCGCAAAGAGAGCCAACUGAUUGCCAAGCUAAAUGUUGUCGAGCGAAGUUUGCUUGCGUCUCAUAAAGAAGCCUCCAUUUUAAAACAUGAUCUCGGUGAGACAUGCGACAAGUUGGCAAGCAUUGAAAAUAAUUCCUUCGGAUCGAAUGAUAUGGUUAUUGCGGUGAAAAAGGAAUUGGAAAUUUGUGAAGAAGCCAAGGCUAAGCUGGAAGAGCAAGUUGUUUCUUUAGAAAAGGAAUUGGAAAAUGCAGCUGAAGCAGGUUUGGAAUUGAAUAAGAUUGUAUCGGAGUUGCUAAAUAAUCAAAGUGGAGAUGAAUCCAUCAUUAGUAGUGUCGAAGAACUCCAAAGGCAACUUAAUGAACAGCAACAUACAAUCUUGGAAAUAAAUGCAGUCCUAGCUGAUAAAAGCCGUGAAAAUAGUGAACUUCAGUUAAUGUUGGCCGAGCAGAAUGCAAAAUUCGUUGGAGAAAUUGCAUCACUUCAACAAGACAACGAUGAGCUAGAAGGCGAAAAGAAUAUACUGAAGUCAAAACUCGAUGAAAUGAAGAACGAAUUCGAUUUGGACAUAACCAAGGCCUUGGAAGGCAAGAAUGCUGAAAUCAAACGUCUACAAGCUGAUAUCGUGGCACUAAGAACUAAAUGCGAUGAUGAGCACAGAAAGUGGCAAACCAGUUUAGCAAAAGUCGAGGCAAUGGAAAAUUGUUUGAAGAGCAUCAAAAAAGAUCCCAACAUCAAAGUAUCUCAAAUAUUGGAUGUGGCCAAUGUUCAGGCUGAACUUUUGGACAUUCAACGCCAACGAACGACAUUGAAGGAAAAACUUGAAAUUGAAACUGAUGCUCGAAAAUUGUUAGAAGUGCAGGUUAAAUCCUUCAGUGGUGAGAUUGAAAAAUUAAAGCACGAUUUUAAUCAAUCUGAAAAGGACAAGCUAGAAGCCCAAACUCGCCUUGAGGUUUUAUCGAAUUACUUCAAAGAAAAAGAAAAUCAAUUGCAAAAGGAACUCAGUCUGAAGGAAACCAUGUGGCUGCAGCAGCAGGGAGAAACAACAAGUACCGUUGAUAGACUUACAAACAUGCAGGAUGAAAUUCAGACUUUGAAAUCCCAAAAUGAUUCUUUACGGGCUGAAAUUGAGGCACAACUUGCUGCCCACAAGGCACAGAUUGGAACCCUUGAAAAUCGGGCUCAUGAAACUUGGUUGGCUGCCCGCCAGUCCGAAAGAAGAUACGACGAAGCUCGCUCUGAAGCCACAGCUCUACGUCGAAAGUUGACUUCUAUUGCCGGGGGCAAUGUGCAUAAUAUUGCCAAAGAAAACAAUCUGGAUUUAAAUCUUGCACCAUCCGAUCCAAAUAAUGCACCAUCACCUAUCCACAUGGAUUCUCCUGCCUCUCCAAUGCUGGGUCGAAUUCCUCCUCCAUUUAUACCGCCACCAUUUAUGGGUCCACCUCCACCACACUUCAUGGGAAUGCCACCGUUUAUGCCGCCAGGUGAAAUGCGUCCACCACCAAUGGGCCGUCUAAUGUCACCACCACCUCCACCUGGAGCUCCUCAUCUGCACAGAUAUUCCCCGAUCGAUGACGACGACGAUGAUGACGAAGAUAUACACGACAAUGGACGGGGACAUUGGAGAGAUACAUAUUCGCCACCGCGUCACUCAUAUCGAUACACGCCAGAUAGAUACAUUUACAAUCAGGAGCUAGAGUCCAACUACGAUAUAGAAACAGAUUUCAGUCCACCGCCAAGUCCAAGAGACCGUGGCCAUCGAUCGAGAUCUGGAUCCAGGUCAGGUUACAGAGCAUAUUCGCCACCUCCGCAGACAACUUCCAGCCAGAGCAAAGACCGACCGAAAAAAUCAACAAAAGGACAACUAAGCUCUGGAUCGGAAAAAUCAUAUGAUUCGUGGAAAGGAAAAGUCAAGGCAAUGGUUUAGGAAACAAAUUAGGAAUACAAUUAAAAUUAUAGGAACUUAAUAAUUAAAUUAAACAAUCGUUGAUUAUUUUUUGUUAAUAUUAUUAUUUAGGUCAACCAAAAACGUUUUUUGUUUUUUUUUUUUGUUCGAAUUAAGUAAAAAACAAAAACGCGAUUGAAGACAACAAGAAGCUGAAUCGCAUUCCUAAGAUGGUCCCAAAAGUUAAAAUGAAAAAAAACAAUGCAUUUACCACUUUGUGUCCAAAAUUUAAAACACAUACUCAUGCUGAUAAAUAUAAACAAAUGUUGGGAAUCAAAAAAAUUGA